AUGCCUUCACAAAAAGCAAUUUUAUUCUCAACUGUUGUUGCUCUAUUCGUAAGCAGUUUGACAUAAGCUAAGUUGUCAACUAAUUUGAAAGCACUUUUCACUAGAGAUAACAAGCCAAGCGGAGAAAAACUCGAAACUUUCUUGAGCUUGGGUUUGAUUAAUCCAUCAGCCUACUACCUCCAAGAUUCUGAUAUGAUUCUCAUAAAAGAAAUCUCUGAUAGUGCUUAUGAACUUAGACACAAUCUUCAACAUGAUUUUCCUACUUAUAACCACUAAUCCUUCCUCAAUUCAUAUGUAAUUUUUGCAAAUGGUACAUUUUCGUCACAAUCUCAAUUCCAAGAAUGGGCUCAUGCUCUCCUCAAGGAUCUAGAGUAAUAAACUAAUGAUGAGAGAUAAGGCCUAAUGAACAAAACAAAUAUUCAUGAGCAAAAUCAAACAAAUGAGACUGGCUAUGAUUUCUAUAGCUCAUCAAACGAGACUGAAUAUGGAGUCUAAGGUUACGACUAUGACUGGACCUUAUCUGAAAGUGAAAAAGAAGACAUCCACUCUUUGGUAGAGUCCCUAGCUACCUACGACAAUACCAUAAAGAUAGAAGAGGUCUAUGCAGAUAUUAUUUCUAAGGUUCAAAAUUGCUCAAGCAAAUAAGAAUACUUUGAGGUUUACAACUAGAUUACUGCUCAUUAUUGGGAAUCAUACUAUGAAAGAAUAAAUAAAACUAAUGAAAAGCAAGCAGUACCUCAGCCUCAGUAAAACUAAACAAUUGAUGAAGGCAAAAACCAAAGACAUCAUAAGCAUCAAGAUAAACACUAAGAUGGAAAAGAGUUCAGAGGUGAUAGACCACCUAAGGAUCACUAAAAGGGAAAGAAAGAUGGAAAAUUUUUCUUUAGAAGGCCUCAUCAUAAGGGAUUCUUGGGGGGUAACUGA